AUGGCGGCCACCAUGAUCUUGUCUUGGGUGGCAAUGAUAAGUCUUCAAAUCCAGGCGGAUGCAGAGCUGUUGCUGCAGCUGACUGGAGGGCCCAACAGAUGUGCAGGCAACGUGGAAGUCUUCUAUUUUGGAGGCUGGUUUAAAGUGUGUGGGUACCUGUGGGACAUGCAGGACGCCCAGGUGGUGUGCAGGCAGCUUGGCUGUGGCUGGCCCCUUGGUGUGAUGCACUACUUCCCUUCCAACACCUGGGCCUCCUACCUGAUGACAGAGGUGAAUUCAUCUGUCUCCUGCGGUGGUUUGCUUCAGAAUUUGUCUGGCUCGAUCCUGAGCCCUGGCUACCCCAACUCCUACCCCAACAGCAUCCGCUGCGUGUGGCGCAUCCAGCUGCCGGAGCGGGAUCGCAGAGUGGUGCUCCAGUUUGAGGAUGUCGAGCUGGAAGGCACCAGCUGCCCCUACGAUUACAUUGAGGUGUACGACGGCGGCUACCCCGGGGGACGGCUCCUCGGGACCGUUUGCAGGAACGACCAUCGUGUCUUCAGCUCAUCCGGGCCACACAUGGCCAUCCUGUUUUACACUGAUAGUAGUGUCACCAAGAGGGGUUUCCAGGCCUACUACUACUCAAUUCUCAUCUCCAACAGUACCAUAGCACCGGGUAACUCCAGCUUCACGCCCAACGUGUCGGUGCCGACAGUGCCGGCCAGCUCCAGCCUGACACCCACUGUGUCAUCCACUUCAGAUUAUUCUUGUGGUGGCUUUCUCUCCUCUACAUCUGGAACACUACAGAGUCCAUUUUACCCCAGAAACUAUCCAAACAAUGCCAACUGUGUUUGGGAAAUAGAAGUCAAAAACAACUUUCUUGUCACACUCACAUUUACAGACGUCCAGAUGGAAGGAGGCAGGUGCCUGUCUGACUAUGUGGAAGUCUAUGAUGGGCCACUCUUUACCUCUCCUCUCCUGGCGAAGUUCUGUUCAGGUUAUUAUCGCACAUACACAUCUUCCUCAAACCUGCUGACGGUCCGAUUCCACAGCAACUCUCGGUACACCUACAGAGGCUUUCAGGCUAACUAUUACUCCACUCCAGCAGAUGACACCACUACACUGUUGUGUUUGCCAGACUACAUGCACGUAGUUGUGAGCAGAUACUACCUUCAGGGACAAGGCUACUCUGCUUGGAACCUCUCCUUGAACGACCCCUCUUGCAAACCCAACAUUACAUGGGACUAUGUGGUAUUUGACAUUCCAUACACUGGCUGUGGCACGGUGAGACAGGGAAACAACAAUACCAUAACCUAUUCCAACAUUAUUAGAGGAUCCUCUUCUGGCAAUGUAAUCACAAGAAACAGAAACCUUCAUUUGCAUAUCAACUGCAAAAUGCUUCAGAACACGUGGGCACAAAUAGUGUACAUUGCAGACGACAAUUUUGAGGUCAAUGAGACUCAGUAUGACAGAUAUGAUGUGAACCUCACAUUUUAUCAGUCUUCGUCCUUCUCACGGCCGGUGUACGACUCACCAUACUAUGUUGAUAUCAACCAGAAUUUAUUCCUUGAAGCUUACCUGCACAGCUCUGAUCCAAACCUGGUGUUAUUUGUGGACACGUGUGUGGCAUCUCCCACUCCCUAUAAUUUUACAACAGUAACCUAUGAUAUCAUCAGGAAUGGGUGUGUUCGAGAUUCUACCUAUGGCACCUACUAUUCACCCUACAACCACAUUGCCAGGUUUACAUUCAGCGCCUUCCAGUUCAUUCGUAACAGUCCCUUGGUUUACCUGAGGUGUGAGCUAGUGGUGUGCAGGGCCUAUGACUAUUCUUCCAGGUGCUACCAAGGUUGUAUUACUAGGUCCAAGCGAUCUGCAAGCUCUGUCCAAGAAAGCGUGACUGUUGUUGCUGGCCCACUACAGCUUAAGAAAGCUGACGGUGAGAACAGUGAUGCACAUGAUUUGGAGUAA